AUGAGCGCGCCGGGUACCAGCACUGCGCCCUCGACGGCGGGACACGGGGAGAGUGAGAACGGCGUGGACUCAUCGGUGUGCGUCCCCCCCAGUAGCAACACGGUGCCAUUCCAUGCGAGGGACCUCACUGGAGCGUGGGAGAAUAUGGGGGAAGACGAGGGUGGCGAUCUACCGCAGGAGGUACGAAGCUACGGAAGCCCCGGCUCUCUACCAGCUGAUGAUACGGAGGCCCGGAUCGAUUUCCUCGAGCAAAUAGAGGGACCACAAUUCCGAGAAAACGAGGGGGCGUUGCCGUCGCAUCCAGCAGCAGGAGCUGAUUCCUCUGUCGCUGCUCCGGGUGGCGCUGAUGCUAAAGGCUUGGCCCCUCUCUCCGUGGGUCUCGUUAAUGAAAGGAGCACGUGUUACCUAAAUGCCCUUUUGCAGUCCCUCUUUUCCCUUGGCGUAUUCCGAAACGCCGUCUACUGUACACCUGUGGUGCAAGGCGGAGCUGGCUCCAGAAUCACCAAGGCAUUACAGGAGCUCUUUUUUCAGAUGCAAAAGGGCAGCACACCGGCACGCACCAACAACCUUACUGCUGCAUUCGGCUGGGAGGAAGAGGACCUCGGCGCGCAGCAUGACAUUCAGGAGAUGGCGACGCUGCUGCGGGAGAAGCUGGAGGAGGAAAUGAAGGGGACACCAGUUGGGGGUACCAUCAGCCANCUUUUCCAGGGUCUCGGUGAACAGGUUGUGGAAACACUCGAUGGGGCCUUCACGUCUACGAAGCGGGACACAUUCUACGACAUUCACCUCCCACUGGUCCCUUACACCACGCUUAUGGAGAGUCUGCGCUCCCUGUCCGCCAAGGAACAACUGGUUGGUGACGACAAGUACCGCGUUGAGGUACCGGGGAAGGAACCGCAGUACAAGGACGCAGAGAAGAGCUACCGCUUUUGCCGCUUUCCUCCUGUUACAGUUUUCCAUCUGAAGCGAUUCCAGAUGAACUUCGACACGCCAACUCCCGCGAUGGAAAAGAUCAGCAGUCGCUUCGUGUUUCCGGUCGUUUUGUCGCUGGAUGAGUUGGAGAAAGGCAUCGAGGCUGAGAACCCCAGCAGCACGUCGGCGAUUUAUGAACUACAGAGUGUCAUUGUGCACCACGGCUCAGAGAAUUGCGGGCAUUAUGUUUGCUACAUACGUGAGUGGGACCCAGUGCAGGAAUGCUUUGCGCGAUGGAUCGAAUACGACGAUGAGCGCGUUACCGUUGUUGAUGAGUGCCGCGCCGUCACUAAAAACUAUGGUGGCCAACAACCUGGCACGAGCCACUCAGGCAAUACAACGAAGUUGCACACUGCGUAUGUCUUGUCCUAUGUGCGGCGUGCCGACUGCCCAAAAGUGUUUGCGCCCACGCCGGAGGACAUUGUUCCGCAGUGCGCCGUGAAUGCUUAUCAACUUGCGAGGCCUGAAGAAAACUACCGCAAGUGGGAGAGCCUUAAACGGUCUCGGGGGCUGAAUAUAUACGUCGUUACAGAUGAUAUUAUCUACGAGUAUGUGCGGCAAUUUCAACGGUGUACUUUCCCGCAUAACUCGGAUGUGUACGAGGCACUUGCCGUCGAAUUGAGGAUGCAGAAGACAGACACAGUGCUUGAUUUGCGUGAGGCGAUCGCUAGACACAAGCAAGGGGAUGCGCUGCAGCUGCAAAUCGGCGGCUUCCGAAUGUGGCAGAUCGUGAACGCGUUGUCCACCAACCCGCUGCUGCUGCCCCUGAUGUGCGACGAAAUGGAAGAAACAGUCACGUUGGACCGCUUCGCCAGCGACGGGGAGAUGAGGUGUUGUGUGUAUUUGUACGUGCAGCAGCCAAGCACACUGUCAUCGUUCCUCAGCGGGGACGCAAAGUCCUUAACGGGAUGUGUGGGGAGGGAAGAGGGGCGGUCCCUCAGCGUCCGCAGCAUACCGCUGCAGAGCCCGGUUCGGCUCGACAGUGUCAGAGUUGUUGUUGAGUGCUACGGCCACUGCAAACCUCACUGGACUCUGCGUCUUUGCCUUGUUGAUGUGUUGGGUUACUCCCUCGAGUACGAGCAGUCGUGCCUUGCCCAAGACCGUAACGUGUUGACGUUUGGUGUCAACCCGGAGCACCGACCCUUUCGUCUCGUUGAGUGUCGUCUCGACGUGCCAGAGAUGGCGACAAGACUACGGAUUGUUGAUAUCCAACUGAGUCCCCCCGUCACCGCACUGCCGGGUCUGCUUCCGCCGACAAGUAGCAGCAACAACAGCGGUUGUGCGGUGUUGCCGGACUGCACCGGCGAACAUGCUCUGGUGUUCUUUAAAUACUUCAACGUCAACUCUUGUCGUAUAAUGUACGCGGGGUCAGCGUUGCUGCCACUGUCGACAUCAAUUUCGACCUGUGGUCACGUGCUGCGCCUGCUACUGGGGGAUAGCGGAAACUUGAGGGGGCCGCUGCGAAUGCUACAGGAGAAGGGGCCCACGAGUUGUGCGUUGCACAACAACGAUUCGCUUGCAUCGCUGCAAAUUGAAAGGUCCGGUGUAUUGAUUGGUCAGUUAGAGGAUGUACCACUCCUGUAUCGUUUCUUGCGGGCAGAGGGGUAUUCGGCCAGUAUAAGUAAUGUGGUCAUGAUGAAACUUUGCAUGAUCGUCUUUGAGGAUCCGGCUGCCUUGCAUGAGGAUGACAACCAUUGCGAAGGCUGUCCUAGUGGCGCUGCUGCUUCGGGUUGUAGUGGCAAGUGUGACAGCGACAUGUUUGGCGAUGCCGCCGCUAUUGAGGUUGUUUCCUCGGAGGUUGGCGGAGACACUGAUGCCUGGGACGGGGACUUCAACCCAAUUCGUGCCCACCGUGUAGUUGGGUUAUUCAAACGCGCCAUAGACACGACCUGGUCCUAUGAGGAGGUGUGUGAGGCGAUUGGCGCCGUCUUCGGCGAGGACCCCAACUAUAUUCUGCUCUACCGCGCCAAAAAGGAGACAAAUCCAUUGAGGCCAGAGAUGGGGCCACCGCACAGCAAGUCGGUGUCCAUGCAUUUUGCCAGCACCUUUCGGUACCUGAUAAUAUAUUUCAAUGUGCUGCAGAAGCCGCGUCGGGAGGUGGAGGCCCAACAGCGUGUAAUUGUGAUGCUACGCACGAAGAAGAACAAGCUGCUCUACAAGGAGGAAAUUCUGGUGCAGUGUGGGCAAGUUACGUACGAGGACCUGGUGCGGGGGACGCUGGAACGGUGUGCGCGGGCCCUGCGUCGUGUGGAUGUCGGACGCCGCAACGAUAACGACAGCGACAUCAACCACAGCAGCUGCAGCAGCAAUGCCGCGGCUUCGGUUACCAUUGAGACACACUAUCUGGCACUGCUGGUGGAUGUGCGUGCGGGUGCCAUCCGAGAGAUCAUCGAGGUUCCCAUGUCAACAGCCCGAAGCAGCAACAGUAGUAGUAGCUGUUGUGCUGGCGGUAGCCAUAGUGGUAACGGUGCCUGUCGUCUCCUUGUGGGGGUGAGUGAGGAAACACUCAUUAUCUCGCUGGUGCCUGUUCCGGCGCUCCAGGAGGGACAGUGGCGCCUUGCGUGCUGCUGCGGCCACUUAGUGGGCGGAUCAUGUGGUGUAAAGCCGUACAUGUUGAUUUAUCCCUUCGCUUUGACGGUACCGGACCACGUUACGGUGGCGGAGGCGUGCGAGAUUAUCCUAGAGUACACGGGUGUGCCCCCGCAGAAGGUGGAGUCGGGGGGGUGGGGUGUGUUGAUGUACACGGAGACCAUACGGCGUUUCGGCAACUGGGAUGAUGCGCUGCGUCUGUACUGGAAGAACACGGAGAACCGCGGCGACCGCAUCCCAUCACUGCUGCUGAACCAUAAGAGACCGGAGAGGACAGAAUCAUGCCAGGGGACGCCGAAAAUCCCCACACUACGGAUAGCCCUGUAG